AUGCAUCUCCCCAACGCAGUUCUGCUAUCUGCAGCCAUCGCGUUGGCGUCGGAGUUGGAACCACUACAAGUCCAUGCGCUCGGCAAUGAAGAGGCGGAUGCCUUUGUCGGUCGCUUUCUCCGGUCCGACACGACAUCGCGCGCUCGUAUCGAAGAAAGAGGUGCUUUUAAGAUGCCAUCUUGCCUGGGGUGCCUUCCCGGUACGUGGUCUCCGGCGAAACUGCUAGCCGCUGGGGCAGCUGAGAAGGCUGAGGCAAACACCGCUAAGCUGGCUGAGGCGAACGCUCCUAAGCUGGCUGAGGCGAACGCUGCUAAGCUGGCUGACGAGGACGAUGCUAAGGGCGUUCAGGCCAAACAAGUUACUGAUCAAGCACUUGACGACCUUGUAGAUCUGAUUGAUGGAAUGUCUGAUGCACAACAAGGUGUUGACUUCUUCAUUCGCAGCAAGGAGUACGAUCUGUUCCGUGACACUGUCCGGGAGGUUAACGGCAAAUUACCCAAAGGAAUAAUGAUUACUCCAGGACGAGUCCUCGUACGCCACUUCGGCUACGAAAAGGUACGCGGCGCUAUCCUAAGAGCCAUGUGGAGUUCAGCUAAGCAGAUAAAGUUUCGCGGUAAUGUUCUUGCGACACAUUAUAACACGGAGGCGGAGAAUGGCAGGGCGAUCUAA